UUUUCUUUCAUCUUCUCGCGAACCAAAACAGAACGAAUGUUUGAAAACAAACAAACCCAAACAGAAAUCCGCAUCCUAAACCUGUGAAAUUUUAAUAAGUUUGGAAGCAAUGAGCAUAUCAAAUACCGCAAUUCAAAAAGAGGCCGAAGUCGCUAAAAAUGUGGAAGACUCUGCCGCUGAACAUCAAGCCAUCGCCGUCCAACCAGCGGAGAAGAGUAAAGCGGACUCGGACAAAAUCAGCGAAUCUCUAAUUACACAGGAUCCAUCCCUUAUGAGCGAUAUAGUGCGAGCCUUUAGCGCUGCCGGUAUCCCGCUGACGAGGAUGAACAUUCCGGGCCUGCUGGAAUAUAUGCGGGCCAACUUGGACGAUCCGGCGGCACCAUCAUGCGGCGAGCAGCUCAAGGAGUGCUAUCAUCGGUUCAUAAACGAGGAACUUGAUUCGCCACCGUUUUGUUCGGUGACAGAUUGCAGCACUUCCUUCGCGGAUAGACGAACUAUAUUCAGCUUUCCGGACUGCAAGGAGUCGAUCAAACUUUGGAAGCAAGCUCUCCGCUUAAAAUAUCGAGGCCGUCUCAGCCGAGGCCGACUCAACCGAGGCGGAGGGGUUUGUGAGUUACAUUUUGACGAAGAUUUUCUGAUACGCGAAGCGGAUAAAUCUCGAGUAACACUGAUGCCUGGGGCAGUCCCAAAAAACUCGAAGGAACAACCGUCGAUCGAUACACCGGACAAUAACCAUUGCCGAAUGUGCGGCACAUCGAUAAAGUAUUACAUGCAGCACACCGUUACUGAGCUGCAAACGGAUCAGCAUCUGAGACCGGUCCUGGACUUGUGCCUGGAGCUCAACGACUCCAUACAUCAACUGCUUCCGGUGACGGUUUGUGAUGGAUGCGCCAACAUGAUCCAGUUCAUCGGAGGAUUCGCCAAGAAUUGCUGGGAUGCCCAGCAAAAGCUACUACAGCGCUAUGCCGGCGUGGCAGGCCGAAAAGUUGAGCCAUGGAACAGGGUGUACCAGUAUGUGGAGAAUGAAGAGGUAAUCCAAGCAGAAGCAUCGAAAGAAUCUAAUCCUUCUGAGGUUCUAAAGAUUACUGAGGAGCAACUCAUCACCGAAAGCUCGAACGGUACUGAAAGUGCACGUGUCGUAGAAGCACCAAUCGAAACUUGCUCCAUUGAAACCCAGAUUAUCGAGGACAAAGAAACACCGAAACCUAUCUUGGUGAAAGAGGAACCGUUAGAGAAGAAAAUCCCAGUCAUCAUUGCAGCAAGCAACGAUGAAAAUGAUGAUCGCGAAUUGAACAAACAAGAUCCACCGCCAGAGAAAAAGCCUCGUCGAAGCAAGGAAGCAGAUUCUAAUACUUCCAGCGAACAAGUUGAAAAGUUCACAUGCAAAAUAUGUCUACAUCAGUUCAACAAACAAACGGAGCUCGUCAUACACAAUCGGAAGCACGUUCGCGAGCAGAGAGACGUGAAACCGGAUGUACUGCUCAGCGGGUGGUUCCUCGACGCCAUUAAGUGUCUCCAGUGCAGGAAGACGUUUCCAACAUCGGAAGAGCUGAAGGCCCACACGAGCAAGGAGCACAAAUGCGACGCGUACUGUCCGAUAUGCGGCAUGAGGUUCAGAAACAACGAUGUUCUGGAGCAACACAGGAAACGUGCCAAGCGGUGCUUGAAAAAUCCAGACGAACCUAGCAAGACCCGAUAAACCCGGAACGAACAUUCCCAUUUGCAUUUACAUUCCCCAUGUAUGGCUAAGUUCUCAUAUCUUCCAUUGGUAUCAAACUUUGGCCAUCGUUUUCUACCUUAGCGCGAUGUUACGGAAGUUUUAUUAGCAAAUAAAUCGAAAAGUCUUCUACUCA